AAGUUAUCUUAUUCUACGUGUAGUAGGUUUCUUGCGGUUCUUUUCAUUGUCUAAAAAUGCAGGUGGUUAAGCUUCAAAUUGUUUUACUACUAGCUAUUUUCAACGACUAUACAGAGUGUAGCGAGGAAAACAUCUCAUGUGGGGUUAACCAACCGCAAGUACUAAAAGGACCUGAAGGUAUCAUCACAAGUCCAGGGUAUGACGGAUUUACCCGUUAUCCAUUCAACCUCACUUGCUCUUGGACUAUCUUAGCUCCACCUACAAAGCUCAUCCAGUUGACGUUCGAAGAGUUCCUGGUAGAAUUCUCUAUACAAUGUUUUUUCGACGCUUUGACGAUUUUUGAUGGGAAUUCCAAGGAGUCACCUUUCAUUGGUCGAUUUUGUGGCUUUUCUUUGCCUCGUCCACUAAAAUCCUCUGGUUCUGCGCUUCAUAUUACCUUUCACAGUAAUAAUAUCCGCAGUUUCCCAGGGUUUAAACUUUCAUUUCAAGAAAUUAACGCUCCAGUGACCUGCGAUGCUCACGAGCUAACGUGUCGAAAUGGCUAUUGCGUGUCACAUGACCACAUUUGUGACACUAAAGAUGACUGCGGUGACGGAAGUGACGAAGAAUCAUGCGGAUAUCCUCUGCAACGUCCACAAAAGUGCGGGAGACCCGAGAUAUCGCCUAUCCUCGGAAACGAUCGAAUUAUUGGAGGCAAACCAGCUGUUCCAGGAAGUUGGCCUUGGCAGGGUGCUCUUAGGUUGCCACAUGAAGAGCCAUAUGGUCACACAUGUGGGGCAGUUCUAAUUAAUGAACAAUGGGCUCUCACAGCCGCCCACUGUUUUAAAAGACGAUUGAACAACACACUUUGGACGGUACAUUUUGGUAAACAUAGAGAACUGGAAAAGGAUGACACAGAACAACAGCGUUACAUUGACAAAAUGUUUAUCCAUCCUGAUUACUUACCUAUGGUCUCUGAUAACCCUGAUCAUGCAAAUCGUAAAGAAAAUGACAUCGCCCUUAUCAAGUUAAAUGCCAAAGUCACAAUCUCAGAUUACAUCCAGCCCGUAUGCUUACCUCGAAGAAGUCUGAGAAUGAAACCUGGUACUUUCUGUCACGUCACUGGGUGGGGUGAAACACGUGGCACUGGUUUUCAUGAAGAACUAAAACAAGUUAUGGUUCCAGUGGUUAGUUUUAGAAGCUGCAAACAAACUUACGAAGAAGACUUGUUAAAGAUAGAUAAAACUACAAUGCUGUGUGCAGGUUUCACCAAAGGAGGCCAUGAUUCAUGCAAGGGAGAUAGUGGUGGUCCGAUGGUGACAUCUGUCGGAGAUACUUGGUACUUGGUGGGACUAGUAUCAACUGGUGGUGCUUGUGCCGCAGCGAUGCAACCAGGCAUAUACACAUACGUUCCUACUUAUAUGAAGUGGAUUCAAACUAUAAUUGGAAAAAAUCACUGAAAGCUUUUUUUUUGGCCCUUCUCUAUCUACAAUCAAAUCAAAACUGCUUUAUAUAAAGUAUUUUAUGAAGUAUACGACAACUAAAAUUUAGAAACUUCCUCCUGACUAAAUAUACCAAAAUAAAAACUUACUUUGUGAUAUUCAGAAAGC